CUAUCUUUCAAUCUGUGAAGAAAGGGCAAAUCUUUAGCUGACUCCUCACUCCCAUGAUGAGGUGCUUUUAUGCAACUCCUAAGACCUACUCACCUUAGGUUGACCGAACCGUUGCCAUCAGUCAUUGAUUCUCUUUCUUCCAUUUCUACUAGAAGAUACAAAGGUUAGCUCUUACCUAUUCAUUCUUUUGGCAUAGAACCAGAAAACUUGAAAAACUUAUAGACCCUGUAGUCAAUAGCACGGUUUGAAUGUCUCUAAUGUAGUGUUCUAUAGGUGAUUAACCUGUCACCCUUCUUUCCCUUUAGAGAUUUUACAAUUUGAAUUCAUAGUGGCUUGAAACCAAGUGUUUAUAGUUUUGUUGCCAUUUAAUUCUUUGUAAUAUGACUGCAUUUGUAAGCCUACUUUCUCAUGUACCCAAUGAUUAUUGGUUCAGGAUUUUGGUCAUCAAUACUGUUGUUUACUGUUGAGGUUGAGGCGUAUGAGUUAUCUUUUUUCCAGCAUGUGCUCUGCUGUUUCAAGUUUCUUUCAGAAAGAAUCUCAUUGAGUUUGUCUAGAGCGUAGGUUUUCCCAUGUCAUGGUGCCGCUUUUGCAUUUCACAUACUAUGGUAACCCUUUGCAUUUCACAGUACAAUUUGGUUUUUGCCAGCAAUUAGCUCUUAUUUUCCUUCUGGUUGACUGGAUAACUUUUGUUUUUGAAACACACUUUAUAGUGAGCGGACCUUUGCCGAUCAAACUGUUUGAAUGUUCUUUUUCAGGUGAAUUACAUGAAUGUUCUAAGUUGUCUAUGUUUUCUUUGUUUCUUCUCAACUCGCUCUUGCCCGUGAAUUGCAGUUGUUGCCUACAGAUGUACAAUUCCAGAGAUAGAAGCAUAGAGCAACACAAAUUUGUGCUUUCUUCGUCUGGAAUCAAGCUAAUUUGGUUAGACAGAUUAUAUCCAAAAUACAUAGACAGACACGCGUUAUGUUUUUUGGUCCGCUGGAGCCUGGAGCAGAGUUGACAGGCUGCACCAACUGUGGUACAGGAGAACAGAAAGGGAAGUCCGACUUUAAUAAAGCUUUACUUAGCAGCAGGAAUACGCUAGCGCCUCUCAAUGUAGCCUGAUGGGAGCCACCCUGAUUUCCCUUUGCACAAGCUACAGUCGUGCUAUUAGCUUGACAACUUCAAAGUGUAGUUAUGUUUAGCUCCAGUUGACCUUUUCUAUUGUUAUUGCACAGGG